AUGGGAAAUUCUGCGGACGAAGUCUCAAAGCUCCAUUUCUUCCUCUUCCCUUUCAUGGCUCAUGGCCACAUGAUACCAACUCUUGACAUGGCCAAGGUCUUCGCCACCAAAGGAGCUAAAUCCACAAUCCUCACUACACCUCUCAACUCCAUCCUCUUGGAAAAACCCAUCAAAUCAUUCAACCACGAGAAUCCACAACUUGAAAACAUCACCAUCAAGAUCCUCAAUUUCCCUUGCGCAGAGCUCGGUUUGCCCCAAGGAUGCGAGAACACAGAUUUCAUCUUCUCAAGCCAUGAACUAAGCACAGGUGACUUGAGUCAGAAGUUUUUCCUCGCAUUGACGUAUUUCAAAGAGCAACUUGAGCAUCUCAUCGAGACAAUGAAGCCAGACUGUCUCGUCGCCAACAUGUUCGUCCCUUGGGCGACUAAAGUCGCUGAGAAGUUUAAUGUGCCGAGACUUGUCUUCCACGGCACAGGCUACUUCUCUUUAUGCGCUUCACAUUGCAUGAGGCUCCACAAGCCAUACAAGCAAGUAGCUUCGAGUUCUGAGCCCUUUGUGAUCACUGGUCUCCCAGGAGACGUUGUGAUUACCGAUGAACAGGUGAUAGAGAAAGACGAAGAGUCUGUGAUGGGGAAAUUUAUGAAGUCAGUGAGAGAGUCAGAGAGAGAUAGCUUUGGUGUGUUGGUGAACAGCUUCUACGAGCUUGAACCGGCUUAUUCAGAUUUCUUUAAGAGUUUUGUGGCGAAAAGGGCUUGGUCUAUCGGUCCGCUUUCUUUAACCAACAGAAGGUUCGAGGAGAAAGCAGAGAGGGGCAAGAAGGCGAGCAUUGAUGAGCAUGAAUGUUUGAAAUGGCUUGAUUCUAAGACAUGUGAUUCAGUCAUUUACUUGUCCUUUGGAACCAUGACCAGUUUCAACAACGAGCAGCUGAUUGAGAUUGCAGCUGGCUUAGAAAUGUCAGGACAUGAUUUUGUCUGGGUGGUUAACAAAACUGCCAGCCAAGAGGAUAAAGAAGAGUGGUUACCAGAGGGAUUUGAAGAGAGGACGAAAGGAAAAGGACUGAUAAUCCGCGGUUGGGCGCCGCAAGUGCUGAUACUUGACCACCAAGCAACUGGAGGGUUUUUGACGCAUUGUGGAUGGAACUCGCUUCUAGAAGGCGUAGCGUCGGGACUGCCAAUGGUGACGUGGCCAGUGGGAGCAGAGCAGUUCUACAACGAGAAAUUGGUGACACAAGUGUUGAAAACAGGAGUGAGUGUGGGAGUGAAGAAGAUGAUGAGAGUCGUUGGAGAUUUCAUUAGCAGAGAUAAAGUGGAGAGAGUGGUGAGGGAAGUGAUGGUUGGUGAAGAGAUGAGGAAACGGGCUAAGGAGUUAGCUGAAAUGGCGAAAGUUGCGGUGAAAGAAGGAGGAUCUUCAGAUCUUGAGUUGGAUAGGUUGAUGGAUGAGCUUAAGUUGGUCAGAUUGCAAAGAGAAGAGGAAAACAAAAGUUGA